GGUGAGCGGAGAGUUCACGAGGGGAGGAGGAGCGGAGAGCUGGGGGAAUACCAAGGUGUUGUUGUAUUGUUUACCACAUGAUUGUCAAGAAGGUUGUGUGUGGCAUUUGACUUUGUGGUGCAUGCAUGUUUCCUAUUUUUUUCGCUCUUUCUUUUCUCUCUCUCCACCCUCUCUUUUCUUUUAUAGCUUCUCUUGUUUUUCAUGGUGGCCUUGCUGAUACAAGACAAUAAGCCUGGCGCAGCUACCAAAGCAAUAACAUUCGCAGAAGCAGGUAGGGCAACAUGUACGGCAACAGCCGCGGCGACGACGAUGGCUGCCACGGUGACGAUGACACCGCUGGCUACGACAGAAGCAAUAUCAUCGCCUUUUCUUCGGCUGCCAGACGAGCUACAGGUCAGAAUUUUUGGGCAGCUUCCAGCGCAAGAACUUUUAAAAGCGACCGCGGUGUGUCAUAAAUGGAAACGACUAGCGUUUGAUGGGACUCUGUGGACCAGGAUUGAUGUCUCGCCGUUCUACAGCGCGAUACCGUCUGAACAAUUGCUUCGAUUGGGCGUUGCGGCUGGCAAAUUUCUGAGAGUAGCCAAUUUCAGAGGCUGUGUUCAGCUGACUGGACACGGGUUACGAACGUUAGCAGACCAUUGUCCCAACGUCCAGGUGCUGCACCUCAAGGAUUGCCGCGGGAUAUCAACACACAGCAUAGCAUGUUUUCUGUCCAGUGCAACAGAGCUGCGGGUGCUGGAUCUUUCAGGACUAGACACAGUCAAGGAUUCGACGCUGAUAGUUGUCGGACAACGGCUCAGUCGACUCGAAAAGCUCAACAUUGGAUGGUGUCGGAACCUGACCGGUCAGGGCGUUCAAGCAGUGGCACGAGGCUGUCCUGAGCUUACCUGCUUAAAGCUGAAUGGAUGUCCACAGCUGAACGAGGCCACCAUGUCCAUUCUGGGAAAACAUUUGACACGUCUCAGUCACCUCUGUCUGGCUUCAUGCACCGGAUUAAGCGACAAUGCCCUACUGGCUUUCUUGCAACACCAAGUACCCCUGUCUCACCUCAACCUAUCCAGCUGUGCACGAUUGUCGGAUGCCUCGCUUCGUCAUAUUGCGGUCCAAUGCUCACGGCUCACGCACCUCGAAUUGGCCGGCUGCGUCCUGCUUACAGAUCAGGGCUUUUGCUACCUUGCACCACGGUUGCGCACGUUCAUGCAUCUUGACCUCGAGGAUUUACAGCAGAUCACAGGCAUCACAGUCAAGUCGAUUGCAAACCAUCAGCCGAACUUGCGCCGGUUGUGCUUAUCCAACUGUACGCAAAUUGCCGACGAUGCUAUUACUCAUCUUGUGCUACACGGCGUUUGCCAUCAGUUGCAACAUUUAGAGCUGGAUAAUUGUAUUGUUACUGACGAUAUAUUGGAUACGAUCGCCAUGUUUCUAACGCAGCCGCCACAGGCACAUCAACAGCAAGCAUCAUCACCUUCUUCAUCCUCGUCAUCUUCGGCUGCUAUCACUACUACCGUUGAGGUUUUGGAUUGUUCCAACAUUACCGAAAGUGGAGUUCGUUCAGCGUUAGCAAAGGCAAGCCCGAUGCUUACUAUCAAAAGUUUUUAUUCGUGGAGGGAU